AAGUACUUGCAAACAAUUUGUCUAUUACUAUUUAAUUCAACAAUUGGGGUCAUAACAACUACAGUCACAUCGUGAACGUCUAACUAAGAUGGCACGAUUAUUUUUAUUAUUGUUGGUGGUCAAUUACGUUUACAGUGCGAACAUUUUCUUUUACAGUCCGGUAUGUUCAAAAAGUCACUUCAUUUGGAAUUAUGCUCUAGUUAAUGGAUUAAUUGCCAAAGGGCACAAUGUUACAUUUUUCGAUUCCUUUUCUAAACAAAUACCUGAAACUGAUUUGUAUCACCCUGUGGAUUAUAAAUACUUGGUCUUAGAAGGAGAUGCGGAAGAAUUUCCGGAAGGAAAUAUAGCGAAACAAAUUCCACACUUCAUGUUGUUAAUGGAGGAAGUGUGUGAGUUCGUCUACAAAUCCGAAAACUUGGACACAAUCUUACAAAACAAAGACGAAUACAAAUUUGAUAUGGUCAUUACCGACCUCACCAUUUUUCCGUGUGGAGUAGCCCCACUUCAUGCCUUUCCCGACAUCCCAAUUGUGGGUGUGACUGCAUUUUUAUUGCCGCCCGAGUACUCGCACGUUUUCGGCAACAAUUUACAACCAGCAUACGUUCCCCAAUACUUUUCCGAAUUGUCUGACGACAUGAGUUUCAUGGAGAGGGUGUACAAUUUUUUGGCGACCUAUGGAGCCGAAUUGGUGUAUUAUUAUUACUGGAACCAAUUUGAGGAGGCGGCUAAGAAGAAAUAUGGCCCGGAACACGCACCAUAUAUGAAAAACAUUGAUAGAGUAUCUUUGUUGUUGAGCAACACCAAUCCCUUGUUGGACUAUCCUCAGCCGUUACCCCCGAAUAUUAUUCCAGUUGGUGGGCUUCAAGCUAAACCAGCAAAGAAACUUCCACAGGAUCUGCAAAAUAUUUUGGACAAUUCAAAGGAUGGAGUAAUAGUAUUUUCGUUGGGCACAAACAUGAGAUCCGACAAACUCACACUUCAAAUAAGACAAACUCUUUUAAACGCAUUCAAACAACUAAAACAAACUGUUUUAUGGAAAUUUGAAAGCGACAUUGAAGGCUUGCCCAAAAAUGUCAUCGUACGUAAAUGGUUACCUCAAAACGACGUAAUUGCACAUCCAAAUGUUGUUUUGUUCAUCGGACAUGGAGGAGCUCUAAGCACUCAAGAAGCUUUGUACCACGGGGUACCUAUUAUAGGAAUACCCUUCUUCUUCGACCAAAUCAUCAAUGUUAAAGCUUUGCGUCGGAGACAACGCGGCGCUCUUCUAGAUUACAAAACGAUGAGUACCAAACAAAUCGUAGACACCAUUCGGCAAGUCAUUGAAAAUCCUAUAUACAAGAAGAAUGUUAAGGAAGUUUCGGAAAGAUUCAAAACUCUGCCAUUAAAGCCAUUGGAUGCGGCAGUACAUUGGGUGGAAUAUUCCUUAAAACACAACGGAACAUCCUUCCUAAAUCUUAAAUCCCGUCACAUGAGUUUCUUACAAUAUACCUGUUUGGAUGUAGUUUUAUUUCUCGUUGGAGUUGUUGUUGUAAUUUGCUUCAUUGUUAUGUACUUUGUUAGUAAAAUUUUAAAUCUAUUUUAUAAUAAAUCUACACACAAAAGAAAACAUGAAUAGUAGAAAUGUUAUAUCAAUUCUGGUUAUCAAACCCGAUUGUGAACUGUUGUCUAUAAACCUAACCUAACCUAUUAAUAACUAAUU